AUGGAGUACCGUGCACUCGUUCUCACUUCUCAUGAUCGUCCUCCAAUCCUGGAGCGCCGAGCGAAACCCACGCCCAAGUCCGGCGAAGCUAUCGUUCGAAUCCUUACGGUCGCCGUGGUCCCAUACAUGGGCGAGAUUCUUGACGGCAGUCGAGGCUAUCCGCUAUCGCUUCCAUUAACACCUGGUGGUUCAGCAAUUGGCCGCAUCGAGGAAGUCGGACCGGACGCGGUGCAUCUUGCCAAAGGGCAGCUCGUGUUUUGCGACGUCACAAUUCGUGCGAGAGACAAUCCCUCUGUAUCUAUCCUGUUCGGCAUCCAUGGUGGCGGCUACCCAGAGGCGCAGAAGCUGAUGGAUGGAGAAUGGAGAGAUGGAACUUAUAGCGAGUUCGCGAAAUUUCCUCUCGAGAACCUUUAUCCCCUCAACGAAAAUGUUCUCCUAAACCAGCGAGGUUUCACUGUCCCCGAACUUGCUGCUCUGGCUGUCUGCCUCGUUCCCUUUGGCGGCUUGAGUGAGAUUGGCCUCUCGCCGGGAGACUCUGUUAUUGUCGCUCCAGCAACCGGAUACUAUGGCGGCGCUGCUGUCUCAGUUGCCAUUGCAAUGGGAGCAACUGUGGUUGCCGCUGGUCGUAACAAGGCUGCACUGGACAAUCUGGCUGCGGUUUAUGCGUUAACUGGACGCCUGAAGACUGUCGUCCUCAGCGGUAACUCCGCGGAGGAUACUGAUGCUCUGAGGCGCGCAUCCUUGAACCCUGAGGGGGCAGACGCUUUCAUUGACCUAUCUCCUCCAGAAGCCGCCAAUGCUACGCACAUUACGAGUGCAAUGUGUGCCCUGCGCCCGUUCGGCAAAUGUGUUCUUAUGGGAGGUGCAAAGGGGACUUUCGAGUUUCCGUACCUAACCAUCAUGUUCAAGAACUUGAGGAUUCAGGGAAGGUUUAUGUACGAGCGAGACCAUAUUUUGAAACUCAUCAAACUUAUCGAAAGAGGUUCUCUUGGACUCGGAAAAGCUAUUGGCAUCAAAAACCUACAAAAGUUUGAUUUGGAUCAUGCCAUGGAUGCGGUAAAAGCUGCUGCAGCAUCGAAAGGCUGGGGAUCGCAAGUCUUGUUAACACCGUAG